AUGAUUAGACGCAGACUAUUUAGAAUUAUCGCACGAGCAACAUCAAGGUGUAUAGGACAGUAUCACAUGGUAUAUCUCAAACAUGAAAGACAAUCUGUGGUUCAAAUUUCAAGGGAUAACGUAGAAAUACCGGUAUGCAGCAACCAGAGGCAUAUCUAUACAAGCAGUUUUCUGCUCGCUGUCGAAGAUGUGAAGGCACCGACGUUUCCAGACUCGGUGUCUAGUGGCGAUAUAAAGUUAAUAAAAAAUGAAGGAGAUGCAGUGGCAAUGGAUGAGGUGGUGCUGGAGAUUGAGACCGAUAAAACAGCUCUGCCUGUUAUGUCGCCAGGCAAUGGGAAGAUUGUUAAAAUGCUCGUUAAAAAUGGACAAUCCGUCAAAUCUCAGCAGCCAUUGUUCCAGGUUGACGUAACUGGCGUGGCACCAGCAAAGCCUGCUGCGGCGCCAGCUCCAGCCGCUGCUCCUGCCAAACCAGCAGCCGCCCCUGCUGCAGCUGCACCCGCCCCCGCCGCUGCUGCUCCCGCCCCCGCUGCCGCAAGACCUGCUGCCGCGCCAGCCGCAGCUCCAGCUAAAGCCGCAAAAGCAGCCGGUCCAACGUUGGCAGCACAGAGACUUGGCGAUCCAACGCAAAUGAUAUCCGGCUCCCGUACGGAGUAUCCGGUUCCGAUGAACAAAAUGAGAAAAAUCAUCGCCGAAAGACUGAAGGAUGCACAGAAUACGUGUGCUAUGUUGACAACCUUUAAUGAAUGUGAUAUGAGUAAGCUGCUGGAAUUCCGCAAAGCGAAUCUAGCGGCGUUCACGAAGAAAUGGGGGGUGAAACUAUCAUUCAUGUCACCGUUCCUAAAAGCAUCUGCAAAUGCUUUACUCGACCAACCCGUCUUGAAUGCUGUUAUCAUUGGAUCUGAUGUUAUUUACAGAGACUAUGUGGAUAUAUCUGUAGCUGUGGCGACUCCAAAAGGUUUAGUGACACCUGUGUUGCGAAAUGUAGAAUCGAUGGACUACCCUCGCAUCGAACUUGCGAUAAACGCGCUCGCGGAGAAAGCAAGAGCGGGGAGAAUGCAACUAUCGGAAAUGCAAGGAGGGACAUUCACAAUUAGUAACGGAGGUGUAUUCGGUUCGCUGUUGUCCAUGCCUAUAAUUAAUAUGCCUCAAUCUGCAAUUUUGGGCAUGCAUGCGAUUUUCCAACGACCAGUCGCAAUAAAUGGAAAGGUUGAAAUAAGACCUAUGAUGUACCUAGCGCUAUCGUAUGACCACAGAUUAGUAGAUGGACGUGAAGCUGUUCUCUUCCUUCGGAAAGUGAAAUCGGGAGUCGAAGAUCCAACGUCAAUUAUAGCGGGACUUUAA